AUGUUAAUGCUUAGCUUCAUCACCGCGAUAGCCAAUAAACUAUUGAGGUAUACAAUGGAUGAGCAACCACAACAGCCACCGCAACCACAAGAGAGAAAAAAGAGAAUAGCCACACAACUAAUUGACAGUCAAGAGCCACAAGAAAUUGAUUUCAAUCAUUUUGGUCUACAUUAUGGGGAUAAACAAAUUAAGUUCGCCAAUGAGUGUGGAGUCCUCACACGAUCGAUGAUUUCUAUCAAUUAUCGAACAUGGAAGAAAGUGCCGCAGGGUGAACUUGAAAUGUUGUGGUUAACUAUUAAAAGACGCUGGAAUAUUCAAAAUAAUAAACGCAGAGGUGAUGUGCUUAAAAUUUGCAACACUGCAUGGAAAUCCUACAAGAAGAGGCUCAUACGUGAUUUCAUGGCCAAUGGAAGAGAUCCAAUUCCAAUCUACCCAUAUCUAGACCCUGAUACAUGGAAAACCUUCAAAAAAGAGAGAUCUUCAAAGGAAUGCCAGGUAAUAAGUGAGAAAGCGAGAGCAAAUGCGAAGCUUCAAAAAAAUCCAGCACGGUUAGGUCCACAUGGGUAUCGGGGCAGACAAGCUCAAUGGGAACAAGAGAUUGCAUCCGGAGGGUUAUCGGAAGAGUUAGCAUCAGAAUUGUGCAAGAUAAAAAGCCAGCGUUCAAAAGAUUUUGUCAUGGGUAGGCUAUCUAAGAAUGAGUCUGGAUCAUAUUAUGAUGCACCACCCGGCAUGCAAUCAACAGUGACUAAGCUUGCAGAGGUCGAAAGUCAAAUAUCCCGAGGAGAUUGGGUCCCUGAACCUGGAGAAGAUUCGUUGACAGCAGUGUUAGGAAGAGAGCAUCCCGGUCGGACUAGGGGAGUUGGUCACACUGUUGGCUUGAGAAAAGCCAUGCACGGGAUAGAUAAAAAGAAGAGGAAAAUGCACGCCAAAGAAUCUAUGGAUGAGUUGCGCGCCGACGUUACAAAACAGGUGUCAGAGUUAAAGGCAAUGAUACAUGACUCUGGGAAGCAAGUCGUGGACAAUGUGAGCCUGAGAGUACAGAAUAGUAGUUCUCAUUCAAUGCCAACCUUGGCUGCUAUAACGAACCCCACUCAAUGUAAAUUGGUGUUACCAUAUGGGGCACUGGAUCAGAAUUGUGCUACUGGCUUGGUCUUUCCGUAUGGGGAUGGGUUAAUACACUCACUCCCUUUGCGUGAAAAUCACAUGAAAGUGUUAAUAGACCAAAUCAACAAAGACUUUCAGAGUCUUCCUAUUCCCGUAGUGACUGAUGAAGUCAGUAAUCUUCAAAAUGCAGUUGGCCAAAUAAUUCAAUGGCCACGAAAUGCUAUUAUUCUGACUGAGAUUCAAGGAAGAAAGCAACAAAAUUCGAUUCCAAGUUUGCCACAAACCAGUGUAGGGGGUUGUACGAGAAAGAACACACUCACUCCAAUGAACAAAUCGAAGUCAAUUGAAUUACUACGUGAGCGAUUGAAGAACAACCCACUGAUUCAUGUUGUAGCUGAUUAUGGCAUUCUAGAAAUUGACCAGUUUGAGUUUUGGGUAGCACAAGAUGAAAUUCUUCGUUUGUUGAACAAAAGAACACUUGAUGUUACCAUUCUAACCGUUUGGGAGAUGAAUCUACAUUCCAUUGCACGAUGUGAAGAACAAAUUUUCUUUCCUAAACCCACAUAG